CUCGCAGGAGGGUGUGUUUACACUGACGUCACAGCAGUCUGCCGAAAGGAUCAAGUCAGUUCUGAUACAUCAACAUCAUGUUCCAUGGGAUACCAGUUACAGGAGGAGUGGGAGCAGCUCCAGCCAAUAAGCCUGAGUUAUAUGAGGAGGUGAAAUUAUACAAGAAUGCAAGAGAACGAGAGAAGUAUGAUAACAUGGCAGAGCUGUUUGCUGUCGUCAAGACCCUUCAGGCCCUGGAGAAGGCUUACAUCAAAGACUGCGUCACACCCAAUGAGUACACUGCUUCCUGUUCCAGGCUGCUGGUUCAGUAUAAGGCUGCUUUCAAACAGGUGCAGGGCUCUGAUGUGGGCUCCAUCGAUGAUUUCUGCAGGAAGUACAGACUCGACUGCCCACUCGCCAUGGAAAGGAUUAAGGAGGAUCGGCCAAUCACCAUCAAGGAUGACAAGGGCAACCUGAACCGCUGCAUUGCAGAUAUAGUUUCCCUCUUCAUCACCGUGAUGGACAAGCUGAGACUGGAGAUCAGGGCCAUGGAUGAGAUCCAGCCAGACCUGAGGGAACUGAUGGAAACCAUGAACAGAAUGAGCAACAUGCCUCCAGACUCAGAGGCUAAGGACAAAGUCAGCCUCUGGUUGACUACCCUCAGCAGCAUGUCAGCCUCAGACGAGUUGGAUGAUAAUCAGGUGCGCCAGAUGCUGUUUGACCUGGAGUCGGCCUACAAUGCCUUCAACCGCUUCCUCCACUCCUCCUAAAGCAUGUGUCCGUCAUCGACUCCCAUCUGUCUGAAAUUCUGACUCUGAUAUCUAUUAAGUUAAAAAAAUACAUUCUAUUUUCUCCUUCUGGCUUUUGGUAGGGAGUGGAUUAAUAUCUGGACAGGUGUUUUGUCUCAUAUCCCCCCAGUUCUUUCCUCUCAUUUGUUUCCUGUAUGUCCUUUAUUCAUGUUGUGUACUAUUUAAAGUUCGUCGCCUUGUAGACUCAACCAUGUGUGGUACAUCGUGCUGUCUGCAGCCUUGCCCACCAGGCUCCUUCGGCCUCUGUUAUAACCUAACGUGUGAUAACUCCUUCAACAUUGGCUGUUUAUUCUGCCCUUGACAGAACAGUUUACUUCUAACUUUGUACUGUAAAAUCAAAAGGUCUAAUUUUAUACUUAAGUUUUGCAAAGCACCAACAAAGAAGCAUGAUACAACUAUAUUGGGCAAAGUCUGCACAUGAAGAAAAGGUUGCAACAGCCAAAGCCUUUGUAUUAUUGGAAAGAUAAAUAUAUAUAUUUUUCUUUUUGGUACCCUAAUUCUAAUCACUACUUGCCACUUGGGGUCAGAUUAGCAUUUUUGUUUCAGAUAUCGUGUUUGUUUUUCUAUCACGUUUUUACUGCAGAAUCCUGCAAUAGUUUUUGUCGAUAGAUUAAAAGAAGCUGUCAGCUAAUGGAAAAUAAAUGCAGCUGAAAUAAUUGUUUGGUUUUAAAGAUUAAACUGCACUUCAGAUUAAUAAUUGUAUUAAAACUAUGGUGGAAGGAAUUGUUUGUGUACAUUUUCCAGCCCUGUAUUCUGUUAACCUAAUCCAUAUUUCCUUUAGAGGCGAGGGUUUGGCCACAUGAAGUGGGUAAAAGCAAGGUGGACACCUCCUUAUUUUGCUUGCUAAAUAUGUUUCAACCCCCAAACAUCAUUAGGGGGAACAUAUUUAUUGAGAUUUAUCAUUUGUAAAUAAUAGUUUUGAUUUUUAAAUAAGAGCAUGUAACACCUUUUUAGAAAUAAAAAUGAAAACUCUACCUCCAA